AUGGCGUCGUCGGAGGAGGACGGGGGCUUCGGGGACGGCGAGCGGCUGGAUUUCCUGAAGGAGCGGCACGUGCGGUUCUUCCAGCGCUGCCUGCAGAUCCUGCCCGAGCGCUAUUCGUCCCUGGAGACCAGCAGGUUGACAAUUGCUUUUUUUGCACUCUCCGGUCUGGAUAUGUUGGAUUCCUUAGAUGUGGUGAACAAAGAAGAUAUAAUAGAAUGGAUUUAUUCCCUGCAGGUCCUUCCCACAGAAGACAGAUCAAACAUGCAUCGAUGUGGAUUCCGUGGUUCUUCGUAUCUGGGAAUGCCAUUCAAUCCGUCCAAGGGUCCUGGUAUUGCUCAUCCCUAUGAUAGCGGGCACAUAGCAAUGACUUACACUGGCCUUUCCUGCUUAGUUAUUCUUGGCGAUGACUUGAGCCGAGUAAAUAAAGAAGCCUGCUUGGCAGGACUAAGAGCUCUCCAGCUGGACGACGGGAGUUUUUGUGCAGUCCUGGAAGGAAGUGAAAAUGACAUGCGAUUUGUGUACUGUGCUGCUUGUAUAUGCUACAUGCUUAACAACUGGUCAGGGAUGGAUACGAAGAAAGCUAUUGACUAUAUCAGGAGGAGCAUGUCUUAUGAUAAUGGGCUUGCCCAAGGAGCCGGACUUGAAUCUCAUGGUGGCUCUACUUUUUGUGGUAUUGCAUCCCUAUGCCUAAUGGGUAAACUUGAAGAAGUAUUCUCUGAGAAACAGCUGGACAGGAUAAGGAGAUGGUGCAUUAUGCGGCAACAGAAUGGAUAUCAUGGCCGACCUAACAAGCCUGUGGAUACCUGCUACUCGUUUUGGGUUGGAGCAACUCUUAAGCUUCUGAAAAUAUUUCAGUAUACAAACUAUGAAAAGAACAGGAAUUACAUUUUGUCAACCCAAGAUCGCCUUGUUGGUGGAUUUGCUAAAUGGCCAGAUAGUCAUCCAGAUGCUCUGCAUGCCUACUUUGGGAUCUGUGGCCUGUCGCUAAUGGAGGAGUCUGGCAUUCGCAAGGUUCACCCCGCCCUGAAUGUAAGCACACGAACCUCAGAGCGCCUUCUGCACCUUCAUCAGAUCUGGGCAACCAAGGACUAUAAACAGUGUUCGGAUAUUGUGCACGAUGCCACAUGACUGAUUUCAGACUCCAGUUGAGCUUGGUAGCAUAAUUGUAGCCCAAGGUUAAAAGCCAUGUAUAACCAAUGUGCUCUUUUUAAGUGCUGGAAUCAUACAAUCAAGUUCAUGUCACUGGCAUCAUUCAGACAGCAAAUGGCCUUCAGCCAGUUAUUCUGGAUUGGAAUUUUUAAAAAUUGCUUGCCUCUACAGAUGCUGUCUCGGUUUGAACGAAUCCCUUCAAAGCAACAUUGUUCUAUUAUAUUACUUUAAACAGUGCAAUGGCAAAGUGUAAUGAUAAUAAAAAGGAUAUUAAAAAUGUAUUUAAGUAUUUUCAUACUCAAUCCCUUGAAUUUACUGAAAUUUAUUUGAUACAUCCUUCAUAUAAAAGCUUAUAAAUUAAGUGUUGAUUACUAAAAAAAAGGUGUCCUUUUAAGGUAGAUGACAAUUCUAUAACCUUUGUAUAAAAAA